CGAUUACCAUGGAUUUAACUUUUACUUGCGUUCUGACACUGCAACAAUAGUUUUCAAAUAUUCGUUUCGCGUCAGACGACGCGUUUGCCAUCUUGUGGGCUUGCGUAUGGUUACGUAUUACGUAUUUAGGUUAUUUAACAUGUAAACAAUAAUUUGAAUUUUCUCUAUAACUGUCAGAAUCUCAAGAAGUGAUGCUUCGAAAUAUGAACUUUGUUGGGACGGUGUAUCAAGUUAUUUCAGUCGUGUUUUUCGUUUUUGUAAAUUUUACGCCAUUCUCGCGUAACGGGAAGUUCUGUAAAGUAUAAUGCGUCGAAACUAUUUGCCUCGGGAAUAAACACUCAUUACCUACUCGAAAAUAUCCAAGGCGUAAUUAGAAAAACCAAGCUCGUUUGGGGAUGUGUGAAGUUUUGCAAGUGUGCACCAUCCGCGUAUUACAUAUUUUUUUGAUAUUGGGCAAUACGUUAUUUAAACGAAAAUGUAAAAGUUUGUGUACGUAUUCAAUUUGUGACGAUGGAUUACGACUCAGAAUCGAGUUGUGAAGGUCGAUUAAGAGAUCUGGAAGCGUCAGAGGAACUUCCCAGGACUCGACUAUCUAAUCAAAGUGAUCUAUUACCUCACAAGAUCAAUUCUGUACCUUGGCAAUCGUUAGCAGUUGCCAAUGCACAAUCCAAAGUAGCUCUAAGCAUUGCCAAUAAAUCUCUAUCUUCUCAGGUAAUGGAGUACUAUCAAAAGUAUUCUCAGAAUUCAAAUUUGGAUCAGUACUUUUCAUUGCCUGCAUCAAGCACAUCCACAGAGUAUUAUUACAGUAUAUACGAGUUGAAUCCUAAGGCGGGUACAAGUAAACAAGAUUGUACCGGUCAAGAUUAUAAUUCGGGAACUUACGUUCCCAAAGAAAGACGACGGUGGGUACGGCCUCCAUUGAUUGGCCAGUCUUCUGCUGGUGAGGGUUCUUCUAUGUAUAUGCAAGCAUUAACAGAUCCACGAUCACUAUCACCGAAUCAAAAGCAUACUAUGCCUGAAACCAUUCCAGAGGAAAAGAAUAAAAGUCAAGAAUCUAUACCAGAUGUAGGUGAGAGAAAAACAGCUUCUCCGACAUCCAGUGUAGCUUCACACAAACCACUUGAGUGGGAUAGCGGAGCAGACGUUGGUUAUUUCAAUGCUCUCCCUGGUAACAAACAGAUUAAUAAGAAAUUCAGUACAAUAGAAAGAAUGGCUUUAGCCAGAGGAUGUUCUGCCGCUUUGCGUUUAGAUCCAGAAGGUACAACGGAGUCUGGUGCAUCCACAAAAGCUUCAACAACUCAAGGCAUCCAGAAAUCAUUGAAAGAGCCUAAUGCAAAUUCCACACCAUUAGUAGGAAAUAUUUCUGGUUCAGAAAAUGAGGUGGAAAUUACACCUAUAAUGAAAAAUCACUUGCCUGGAAUUAUAACUGGUAUCGAUAUAGCAUCAGAAGAAAGAAAUAGUUCAAAAGACUCUAAACAUCAGAGAUCCAGUAAUCCAGCUUCCAAAAAUAAUGAUCAAAAUUUCGAAACGCCUAAAUCGUCAUUAGAAUUUAAAGUUCCAAUAAUGAAAUAUGCCACAGAAGGAAAGAGAUGUAAAACCAAACAAAAUCCUUCCAAUGAGAAUUUAGUUACUUGUAGUUCACCUUUAAAGAAAAGUUCCUCCAUGAAUCUCUUGGCACCGACUUCAACGAAAUUAUCAUUAAAAAGAAGUCAGAGUGAAUUAAACCUUUGCGUCAAAGAUAAAAGUAAAAUGCUGCUGCCAUUAAUAUUCAAUUCCACGUCUUCCAUCGCUACUGUUGUACAGAAACCAGUAACUUGCGACAAAUUAAUUCAAACAAGUAUAACGUCAUGUACUCGAGAAUCUGUUGGGGUACAAGUUUCAGUUUUAGAGGAGGAAAAACCGCCAUUACCAAAGAGGGGUACCAGUUUGACACAGAAGUCGCUUCAAUCAAUUCUCAAGAAUUCAAAAAACACUUACAAACUCCCAAAUCCAGAAAACUUCAAUGAGGAACAGUCAACUCGCAGAAGGAGCAACAGUGAUGAUCAAAGUGAGGGUAACGUAACGCGAAACAGUACUUCCGAAAUAUCUCAUAGUGAAUCCCUGCCGUUACCACCUCAACCUGACGAUAUGGAAAAUGUAACUGGUAGAGCAAAUAGUUUUGAAUAUUUCCCAGGGCACAUCUACGAGAACGUCCCCAAUGGCAGCGCAAGUCAUGUCUCAUCCAUAGACACAGGUAGAUCUAAUUCCACAAUGCCUAAUACGAGUUCCAGUAUCGAUGAGAAACUAUGGGGAGACUCUGACAGCUUGGUACGUGACCUGGAGAGAAGCGUCAACAUCUUGAAAAGUCUGGUGGACGCUAACAAGUGUGACAAGCAAGUCAAGAAGAGAUUGAUCCACCAUGUUAUCAAAAGAUUGGUGACUGCUAAAUAUACAGAUGAUAAGAUAGAGCAUAACCUGGAAGAGAACGUACCCUGGAAUCCUGACGAUGCUAGGAAGAAAGUUUACAGAGCUGAGAUUAUCCAAGCUUUGACGAAGAAGCAAAACACUACGGAUUCUUCUGAUGAAUGGAAACCGCAGAAGAAGAAGAUUCCAUAUUCUAAAAAUUCAUUAGAGAAUGAUAUAAGGGUGGUUAAGGAAAUCAUUAAUCUGGAAAGUAGUAAUAGUGACAAAUUUGAUGGCCACACUGACCGAACGGAAACUGAUGGUCGCAAAGCAAGAAUGGAACUCAGAACCGAUGAUUGUCAGCAUAGUAGUAACACGCCAACUGACCCUAACAAGAGUGAAAGCUCUGAAUGUUUUUUACCCCAGCGUACAGAUAAAAAUAAUAAAGUUAAGAAUAUUUUCUGUCUUAAAAAGAAAUGCGACCUGCCACCGGAAGAUACAACUACGUCGAAUAGUACACCCUCUGAUCAAAAUAGAAUGCUAUUGGAGGCACUCGUUAAUAAUAGACAAAGUCGUAUUGAUUCAAGUAAUGGUACUGGGAAUAGUGUUGAUUGGCGAUUCCCAACAACAUUAUCAGAAAGACGGUUUCAGCUAGGAAGAUGUAAUCAUUCUGAUUCUGGUGAUACGAGACUUGUGAAUUAUGCUGAAAUGGAGAAGAGAAAGCAGUUAGUAUGGAUUACGAACGAAAUAAGUCAUCUAUCUAAUUUAAAAAAAUUGCUGGAACAAUCAAAAAAGUCAGAGAGACCAAAAAGUUCGCCUAGAAAAACAAAGCACGUUGUUUCAAACCAACAACCUGUGACUUUGCUAACUUGUAUUCGUGGAAAAAAAGAUCAUUCCAGUUUACAGAAGGAUUCACCGGACUUAUGCGAGAGCUCGAUUAUUGAGCAGUGGUCAUCCCACUGUAAUCUGGCCAACUGUAAUGCUUCUACUGGGCCCAGCACUAAACCUAUAAAGCAUUUACGGAAACGUAAUAGUUGCACUCAAACGGCGACAAAUAUAGCAGUCGCUCAUUCAAAGAUUGGCGCAGAAAUUGUCUCUGCGCUAAAACUUCAGAAUUCUGCAGUAAAAUCGACAAACAUUUAUGUACAAACGCAUCCCCAACAAACUGCUCCUCCCCCUGCAAUCAAUCACCUACAGAUAACUCCAUGCAUACCAUAUCCUGUUCAUCAAGCGUGCGUACAUUCCUCAACCUGCAGAUGCAUCGGUAACGUGUGUCAUUGCCGAAGACACAUUGUCCAAAAUACACAAAACGCUUGCGCGUACCAUUCACAACUACAGAAUCAUCAGAUCUUCCUGAAUGGCUGUCAUAGAACAUCAGCACCAUACUUUAACGAAGACAGACCAUUCAUCACACAACCUGUCACACCUGAUUCACCAAGUAAAGUUUGCGGACAACCAUCUAAUAUCUGCCAUCAUACAGAUCCUGAUAACAGUAACUUCCGGCAAAAGGAAGCUAAAAACAAACUGAAUGCUACAAAAAUAAAGUGCACCUGUGAAUGUCAGGAUCCUCAUUUUUGCCAAUGCAGAGAGGAAUUUCAGCAGAAGGAUUUAGAAGGAAAUGAAGUUUUGCGUAGAAAAGCCUCGGAGACCACAUGUCAGUUAUGUUCAAAGAGGAUAGACGAAAGCGAUAAUAAUACAGACGCGCAAAGUAGCCAUGAAUCGAACGAUAGAGGAUUAUGUGAAUGUCCCAAUGAUUGCACAUGUGAGCAUCCAAGAAUGGAAGAGAUCAAAGAAUGCACUUGCUUAACUGUGUGUAAUAAUGAGAAAGUUGAGCAAGUACAGAACAAAGAUCGACAGAAUCAUUGCGAAGCGAAUGAUGACGUUCACGAUCAAGACAAUCAAAAGCAAAGUACUAAACUGUGUAGAUGCUCAACCGAUUGCACCUGUGAGAACAAACGGAUUAAACAAGUACAAAGUAUACAAAAAUUAUGCGCUUGUCGUAAAGACUGUAAAUGCGAUAAUGAGAGAAUAAGUCAGUACGACUGUCUGUACCAUGUGAAAUCAUUAGAAGGUCGCAAGGAACAGGUGCGACCUUAUUAUUUGGUUAAUUCUCAUGAGAAUCAAAAAGCUCGUCAAUCAAAAGUACAAAGUAACCCAAAAUGUAACUGCGAUAAGGAUUGUUCUUGCGCGAACAAGAUUAAAGAUAUACAAGAUAAAUUGUAUAACGGGAGGUACACAGGAAAGUCAAGUCAUACCAGUGAAACGAGAUCCAAUGACUCUGACAAGAAUUGCAAGUGCUGCCGUAAAUGUGGAAGAUCGUAUCAAAACGAUAGGAAAUGCAGUUGCCACAUAAAUUAUCCUAAACCAGUAGCGUAUGAAUUGUCAUUUGGAAAUGAGAAUGAAGAGAGAAAUAGUGAUAAUUUUUUAUCGAAGAAGGGAAACAUUGAGAUUAAAUCAUUACGCAGAAUGGGUUCAAUUAAUUCUCCACCAUACACGGCAAGGUCCGGUGGAUGUUCCUGUGAGGAAAUAAAAUCAUAUCAAGCAUCUAAGAACGGUGAUCAAAGGAAUACGCUUCAGGAUUAUUUAGCAACUAAUAAACCUACAUUUGUCAGCAAUGUGGAGACACGUCGACAAUAUAUGUCGGAAAUAUCGCAAUUGCGACAGUUGAGAAAUGAAAAACGGGUUCAGUUACUUGCUAUGGCCACUGGUUCUAAUAUUAUAAAGACGUCAAGAUCACCUAAACCUAGAGUCUGCGUACAGAGAAAAAUCAGCGAGAAGGAGAUGAAGGACAGAUUACGCAAGCGUUAUCUAAAACUUAAUGAGGUACGUACAAAAAGGCAUCAGCUACAAAUACAGGAAGAGGCACGGCGGAACAAACUAAUGGCCAGAAUAUUUUGCAAGAAAUUGCAACAAAAAGUUCUCAGGGGACAGGUGGAUCUACCUAAUAGUGUUAGCGUUAUAUCUAACAUGUAACAAUAAUAAAGAAUGUUUGAUCAUUCGUAGGAUUCUGCUAGAGAACAGUAUAUAUGUAAUUACAAAAUGCCAUUAAGGAAAUGCAACAGACAUUGAAUAGUUAAUGAAAAUCUAAAUAUGUUCAAUUGAUAAUACUCAUAUAAUUUGAAUUAAUGUGAGUAACCCGGCGUGCCUGCAUUAUUUAAUGAAGAUACUUCAUAGACUUAUGCUCGUUUUAUUAGUAUUAUUUCUUAGUUUUGCCAAUAAGUUUGAAAGUGAAAUAAUUUAGUCUCAUCGCCAAUGACAAGUAUUGGGAUUUAUAUAUUUAUAUAGUUUACAUACAUUUAUUAGAUUGAGAAUUAUUAAGUUCUAAUAUAUAUUCGAAUGUGCCCAGUGGCUUUGUUUGACACAGAGAUUGCGUCAUAUAGUGUUUAGUGUAUAAGAAGUAUGUUUAUGGCUCAUCCGGAACGGAAUGAAAAUGAGAAGCGGACAGGUAACUGAAUUUGGAGAAGAUUGCGAGAAUAAAUGGAUCAAGAACAUUCUUAAAAUAGGAUGAAUAAUCUGCGUGAGGAACCAUUAUUUAAGGAGUUCGUGUUUACUUCCUAUGUGAGAACGAAGCGAUUGUACAUUACUUUUUAUCUAUUUUCAAUCUGUAGCUGCGAUUCGUUUUUUCUUACAUGGACCUUGAAGUUGUAAACAUACGUUAAAAAACAACAAUAUUUCAGGCUGACUAAACCGCAAAUCAUCAAAACCGCGAUGCUUUAAGGUGACAUAAAUGUAGUUUAGUACCUGAAACGCAGUACAUGUUGUCUCUUGAAUUUAUCAUUAUUAUACAUAAAAUUAUUUUGAAGUAUAAUGUCAGGUUAAUGCAUAAUUUUUGGUGUAAUUUUUUUGUACCAAUUGUAAUCAUAAUAAAGAGUAUAUAUGGCUUCGA